CCCUCUUCCCUCUCCUCCCUUCAUGGCUUCGUCUUCGUCUUCUUCUCUUUCCCAUUUUUGCAUUAAUAAUGCGAUGGGUGUCGCAAAGUUGCGAUCUUGCUGCGGAUUCUUCGUGUUAAUCGUCGAAUUCGAGAAUAUCACUUUUUUGCUGCAGAUUAUUCUUCUUUUCUCCCUCUUCUGCUAGAAUAAUGAGAUAGGUUCUGCGAAGCUCGAGUCUUGCUGCUGAGAUUCUUCUUCUGAUUGUGUGAAAUUAGGCUUUAUACUAUGAUUCUUCACUGCGCUAUCUUUCUCCAGUUCGGAUGCAUCUUCUUUUUGCUCUUGGGUGUCGUAAAGUUCCAAUCUUGCCGCAGAUUAUCUUCUGAUGGUGGAAUUAGGGGGUUUCCUCCAACAGCUAGCAUUUUGAGUGGACUUCUCAAUAAUAAUAGCUGCAUUCGGAGCCUCACUCUCGACUGCAGUCAGUUAGAUGAUUCCUCCGUCAAGAUUUUUGCGAAAAAGAAUCUGCUCGAGCUCUCUUUGUUGAAAUGUUCAAUGUUCUCUUCUAAUAUUUUCACAGUUAUCGGUGAAAACUGCCCCAUGUUAAGAUUGUUUUCACUGGAUAUACUUACUUUGGACAUGGAGCCGAACAGUGUAUGUGAAAACACUAUAGCUCGGAUGCUCAAGGGAUUUUUGUAUUUGGAGCAUUUGUCAAUAAAGUUCCAGCUAGUACAUCCUGCUUUUGGUUUUUUUGAGUCUUCUCAAUUCGCCCUUCCGAAAACCAUUAAAGUUUUGUUGCUGCAACCUAUACAUGCUAGGCAAGCAAGCCGACUUAUUCUCAACAAUAUAUGCGACACUGAGCCAGUUGCACCCGUUGCAGCUGUUGGUAACUUCUAUUUGGGGACGUCUUGGGGAAGCAAUCUGCAAUCCCUUACGCUUGUACUCAAUAUAAUAUCGGAUCAACUCAUCACCACUAUCACCAAAAAUCUUCACCAUCUGGUCGAACUGUGCCUAGAAGACAAACCAUUUGAGGAGCCCCUUUUGCUUCAUGAUCUGACCAAUAGCGGGCUUCAAUCACUAAGCCUUUGCCAAAACUUGACACGCCUCUCUCUCACGCGCAGUAAAACAUACAUCCCAGCCACUUUCAGAAGGGUGAAUGAUGUUGGUAUUCUUCUUCUCGUUGAAGGAUGUAAAAGGCUCGAAUCAGUGAGGCUCGGCGGAUUCGCCAGAGUGACAGAUGCAGGGUAUGCUGCAGUCCUCCACUCAUGCAAGAGCUUGAAGAAAUUCGAGAUUGUAAAUGCCUCAUUCUUGUCGGACUUGGCAUUUCUUGAUCUAUCUGCAGCUACCUCCCUCGUUGAAGUGAGAUUGGUGUCUUGCAAUCUGAUAACCAGUGAAACUGCACUCUCUCUCUCUACAUGUAGUAAUAUGGAAGUCUUAGACCUUUCUGGGUGCAAAAGUAUUGCAGAUUCUGGCGUGAUUUCGUUCUCGAAGCUUUCUAAGUUGAAUGUAUUGGACCUCGGUGGAUCUGAUAUCACCGAUAUUGGCUUAUCCGCACUUGGUGGCGGGAGCUCACCGAUAUCUUCUUUAUGUUUGAGGGGCUGUAAAAGGAUCACUGAUAGAGGUAUCGCUCAUCUGUUUAAUGGCAAGGGAAUUAUCAGGAAUACGAUAUUGACGCUAGACAUGGGUUACCUGCCUAGAAUAUCAGAUAAAGCUGUUGUUGUAAUUGCAAAGGCUUGUACAGAGAUCACCAUUCUAUGUAUCCGGAAUUGCUUCGGUAUCACUAAUGCAUCAAUAGAAGCUUUGGGUUCGCUGAAUCAUCUUGUUGGGAGAAGAACGAUAAGAAUGCUUGAUGUUUCCAACUGUUGUGGAUUAUCUGUUGAUUCUCUUAUGUUCCUUGCCCCUCCUUUCUUUUGCGGUCUACGCUGGCUUGGUAUUGGGAACACCAGUUUAGCGAGGAAAAGCAAACGCAGAGAUAUGGAACUUUUGGGAGGCAGGGUGGGUUUCAGGUUAUGCAUCGAGGGCUGCGAAAUGGGCUGCAAAAAUGGGUGGUACAGCCACAAAUUUAUAUAGCGUUCGAUAUUCAAGUACUAAAAUACCAGUUCAUGUAAUACUAGGACUAAGCAAUGUGUUAGUCAUUCCUUUUUAUAAGAGUAUUUGGACUAUCAUGCCAAUCUGCAUAUUUCACCA